UCGGUGCACGCGCGCGAGUGUCAUUUCCGGUUGUGAAGAUGGCGGCCGCGGUGUUGCUCGGUCUGAUGUUGGCGGCGGCGACGGCGGGACAGGACACGGGUGAUUGUAACAAGCCACCAAUUUUGGAAAAUGGCUCACUAGAAGAUAAGUUUAUUUCACGGAAAACAUUUGAAAGUGGAUCCAAGGUAACUUACAGAUGUAAUCCGGGCUUCUCUUUUACUGAAUUAAGCCGCCGAUAUAUUACUUGUAACGGAGGUGUUUGGGAAGGAUUACAAGCCACGUGUCAACCAAAGAGUUGUGGAAGUCCAGGGGAAAUUCUGAAUGGGCACUACGAGGGUGCCAAUACUUUUGGAAGUAAAGUUAUAUUUUAUUGUGAUACAGGGUACCAGAUGGUGGGUAGGAAUUACCGACUGUGUGAGGCUGGUGGUUGGAGUGGUCAGGUCCCAACGUGUGAAGCUGUUAAAUGUCCUGACAUUCCGCCCAUUGAGAAUGGAAGAUCACCAUCCCCACCCGGUGGAGAGUUCUGGGAAUAUGGAAUGGUGGCUGAGUUUACGUGUGUUGGUGACUAUUCGCUGAUCGGUGAGCGCAAGCUCACUUGUGAACCUACUGGAAAAUGGAGUAAUCCCUACCCAGUGUGCAAAGAUGUAAACUGUCAGCUUUCCAGUCUUCCAGACACCAUCCGCAUCAUAUCCCCACCCAGUCUUAUUUAUAAAUAUCAGGAUAAAAUCACUUUCCAGUGUAACGAAGGUUAUCAGAUGGUUGGCGAGAGUGUCAUUGUAUGUGGAGAGAACAACAAAUUUUCACACCCGCCACCCACUUGCAAACCACGUGAUUGUAACAAGCCACCAAUUUUGGAAAAUGGCUCACUAGAAGAUGAGUUUAUUUCACAGAAAACAUUUGAAAGUGGAUCCAAGGUCACUUACAGAUGUAACCCAGGCUUCUCUUUUACUGAAUUAAGCCGCCGGUAUAUUACUUGUAACAGAGGUGUUUGGGAACGAUUACAAGCCACGUGUCAACCAAAGAGUUGUGGAAGUCCAGGGGAAAUUCUGAAUGGGCACUACGAGGGUGCUAAUACUUUUGGAAGUAAAGUUAUAUUUUAUUGUGAUACAGGGUACCAGAUGGUGGGUAGGAAUUACCGACUGUGUGAGGCUGGUGGUUGGAGUGGUCAGGUCCCAACGUGUGAAGCUGUUAAAUGUCCUGACAUUCCGCCCAUUGAGAAUGGAAGAUCACCAUCCCCACCCAGUGGAGAGUUCUGGGAAUAUGGAAUGGUGGCUGAGUUUACGUGUGUUGGUGACUAUUCGCUGAUCGGUGAGCGCAAGCUCAUUUGUGAAUAUACUGGAAAAUGGAGUAAUCCCUACCCAGUGUGCAAAGAUGUAAAAUGUCAGCUUCCCAGUUUUCCAGACACCAUCCGCAUCAUAUCCCCACCCAGUCUUAAUUAUAAAUAUCAGGAUAAAAUCACUUUCCAGUGUAACGAAGGUUAUGAGAUGGUUGGCGAGAGUGUCAUUGUAUGUGGAGAGGACAACAAAUUUUCACCCCCACCACCGAGCUGCAUACAACCUUCAGACAAUAACACAAGUAGGAACAUUGGGAUUGGCGUUGGGGUACUCUGUGUGAUUGUGAUAAUUGCGAUAUUUUCUGCAAUCGUGUGCAAAAUAAUGAAAAGACAGAAAAACAAGACAAACGGCUGUGAGAAUGGAGAAGUGGGUUCCAAUCAGAUGAAGCCUCUUAGGGCUAAUGAUGAAGUGACACAGUAAUGCUCUUUUGAAACAAAAAAGAUCAAUAAUUUGAACAAUUGUCAUUUUGAAUUUGUCUAAUCUUGGCUGUAGAACAGAAGCUGCUUCCUGCCGUGUUGAAUAAGUGUAUCCCAUGCAGACAACCAGUUGAAUUCCUCUGCGCUUCCUUAAUGAUUUAAAAAUGAAUGAGAAGAUUCACUCAUUGGAACUCAGUUGAAAUUGAGUGCAAGGGCAAUGAAGUUGCAAAGCAGGAGACUAAAUAGAAAUGUACCCAUUCUUGCAAAGGAAUGUCCAUGAAGCUUCAGGUCAAUUGUAAAGAAAGUAUGAAGAUAAUUUUUUUUCACUUUGUAAUUGUAUUUCUCUGAAAACAUUUCACAAUUAGAAGCUGUUGGAGCUGGUUCCUCUAUCUACUGGAGGUCUUCAAAUUGUAUAAUUUUUCAUGUUAUUUCUGAAUUCAUAAUGAAUAUGGAAUUCUCCAGAUGAAGGUAAUUAUUGGGUCUUAAAAUUGUUGUUGUUAGUUUUGCUUUGUUGCUAUUUAAACCUGAUGUUUUGAUUUGCCAGGAGCCUUUGAAAUCAGCAAAACCAGUGCCCGAGUAUUAUUGUUCAGAGGGUGUCCAUUUGUUACAACAAACUGUAAUAACCAUCUGGAUAGAUGUUGGUUAGUGGGGUUUGUCGCAUGGUGGAUGCAUUUAUAAAUCAUGCUGCUUACGGUACUUACGUAUCUUCUUAGAAACCAUUCCUUUACCAAAGUGAAGAUGCAAAAAAAAACAACUCCCAAAAAAAAAGUCAAGUUGUGUGUUUAAAGCUGGAUUGGAACUUGUAAUUAAUUUCAUUGAGGCACUGUCACAGCUGAAUGAAGCUUUUCCUUGGCCAAAUUAACACAGGAGACGUUUUUCUUUCUUUCCUGUGUGCUGCUUUCAAGAUACUCCUGGCAAAACAUUGUGUAUACAGCACUGCUCAUUCCGGGGAAGGAUUACCCUUCCAAAGGCAUGAGUUUGUGAAUAAUGCACACACGUAUGUGGUUGGUUGGUUGGCACCGCUGGACUGGUCUCCCAAGUAGAAGAGACCAGAAUUCUGGCAGGUACCCUGAUGUGAGACCACAGCUCACUCACUAUUAUUGUUCAUUGGCACUAUGUUUGUUUGUAUAGAUCUUUAUGUUCUGACUUUGAACUGUAGAAGUUUGAAUUUGGUGUAAAUAUCUGUGUGGGAUUUGGUGUAGUGCAGGACCUUAACACAGCCACUAUGCAGCACCUCAACACUGUCAAACAGAGAGCUUAUCGGAAAUAACUUCAGAGGGUUAAAGUUUGCCAGUUUAAGGGGUGGCUAGUAGUUGGGAGGCACUUUAUUCUGAUUUGCUUUUUUAGAAAAAAAUGAAAAAUUGUAAUGAUGCUCAAAUAUAAUUCUUUGCCAAUUGACUGCACAAUAAGGCUGCAUAAAAUAAUUUGUUGGGUAUAUGUAAUCCGGUGCUUUGGUCUUCAGUUAAAAGCUGCAGGUGUGAACUGUUUCCUGAUAUUAUCCUCCUUUAGUUGCUUUUAGCCAUUGGGAUAAAUGUUAUUGGCAACUGAGAUUGGGUGCAGAUUAACCUUCGAUCCUGGUCAGCCUCCGUGUGUUGAGAGUUGGGGAGAAUUGGGGGUGAAAAAAUGCCAGGAAACAGGAUCAGAGUGGGAGUUUUGAGGCAAAAUAUUUGGGACCCAGAUGGAGAUCCAGUGACUGGAACCCUGUGGGAAGUUGGGUUGCGAUCAGAAGAGUUUGGGGGAAAAAUUUGAGAUUUGAACUAGAGCAUGGCUGAGAAAUGCUGUGGGUCUUUGUUGGCGAAACAGAUGGGAGUCGCUCAGAUAACCAGAGCAUGUAAAGUUCUCAUCUAUGCAACCACCUUCCUGUUGUGGAUCAAGGAUUCAGUUUGUUGCCCGGGUUGUGUGAAUAAUGCACAUUGUGGCCUUAACUACUUAUUUAGAAAUUCCAAGGUGCAGUAGAAUUGAGCUCUUGGCUUGCAACUUAGCUUUUCACUUUAUAAUUGUAAAGCAAAUAGAGUGCAAAAGGAUUCUUGUACUUCAGCAGUGGUUGCAAUAUUGGCGCCUUAUUGCUAAAAUUUGGCGUUUUCUUUAUUUGCCUGAUGUUAUUUAUUAGUAUAAUUAAGGUUGAAAUUACCAUUUGCUUUUGAAUGUUCACAACACACAUCUCACUAGUGCUUUUUGAACUAAGUUCAUGGUUCUGGAUGGUAAAGACCCAGAUAAACAUCCUGAGGCCUCUACUGUAUAACAUAUUUUGAUGCGCAGGGCUCAGGGCUCAUCUUCACACUGGAACACCGUGCCUACUUGUUCAUUUUGCAGUACAUUUUCAAAAUCUUUGACAUUGGGUCUUAUUAUGUACAAGACUUAGUAAGUUCUGAAUCUAAAAUCACUACGCAGAAAAAUAGCUAAACUUUCAAAAUAUGGUGAAAGUUGAUUAACUUGCAGUUUGUGCCUAAAGGAACCUGUGCAGCUUUGGAGCUAAUAUUCCAACAUUAAAUAUCAUUUAAGUACUCUUAUCUCAACUGCUCAUGUCAAUAAAAUCAAUGCACUUUUUAAUUUCUCUUGUUUCCUGCCUUUUAUGGUGCCCAAUGAUUGCCAGGCUGAUUAUUGGUUGUUCAUUUAAACGACAAAGUGGGUAGUCACUGUCCUUAUUGAAGCCUCUGGGAUCUCACCAUUACUGUAUGGCCAGAUCUUGGUAACCUGACGAGGCCUUCCCUGUUGAAAGUGUGGUGGUGGCUGCCUACAUUUGGGUGGGUUCCAAGGCCAUUCCAUUGGCUUUAAUGGGCAACUACAUGGGGUGACUUUGGAGUCUUGUGUAGGUCAGAUUGGGAUAGGAACUGCACUCCUGCAGGACAUUAUUGAAGCAAGUGGUCUUUAUUGGCAGUCCAGUGCAUUUGUGGUCAGUGCUACUAUGAUCAAUUGUAGUUUUUCCAAAGUCCACACUGUUAACUGAAUUUACCAUUCCACUGUAGCCAUAGAUGGUUUGAGCUUGGCUCUCUGGAUUAUGAGGCUGGUAACUUAACCACUGCGCCAUCACCAUACCAGUUGUGCCUGUGCCAUUGUUCAGUCAGUGACCUAACUCCACAUUCCCACUUGUGCCCAAGUCCCUCAGUAUUAUUGCCUCUACCUCCAGUGUCGACACAGCCAUACUCGACAGCUGCUGUUCCCCACAAGUGGAGUGCUUGUUGAUCAAUGUCUUGAGUUUUAGAUGUGACGCACCUUUCUUUUGUUUGUAAUAUUUGUCUGAAAUUUUCCUUAAACUUGCCUGCAGUUGCCUCAUUUUUACACAAUGUGAAUAUAUUUUGCUCUUUUGCCUCAUCUAUGCAUUGGGAAAAUGCCAGGCUUCACUCUGUUGCAGGAUACAAUAUGUACAAUUUGAGGCUUGUUUGCUAUCUUCAAGCUUCUAUUCUGCUGAAUGAUUUGUGACUUCUGAUUACAUCUGGUUGCUGCUUGUAGUUGACUAUAACAGUCCUUGAGAGAAUGUGUCAAGCAUGUUUAUUGUGGUUUCUGCAUCAGAGCCACUUCAGUAAGCAGUUGGCCUCCCCUUCAAUGUCUGUUAAUAUCCUGCUGGCUCUGUUUCUGGGGUUAAAUAUUUGUAAUCUUGUAGGUGAAAUGAUCCUUGAGCAGACCGGUCAUGGACUCCACCCUUCCCCUUCCUGUAGUAGCUACAACUGCACAUCACUCCCCCUGUUCACUGCAAGAUUUUCUAUUGUGUUUGUCACAUGAUCUUUACACCAGUUCCUGGAUGAUCAAUCAAGAAAUGUUCAGUUCUUGGGGUGUGGGUUUUGCUGGCAAUGCCAGCACUACUUCUCUCUAAUUGCCCUUCAGCUGGUGGUGGUGAGCUACCUCGAGCUACUGCAGACGACAGUGAAGGUACUCCUGCGGUGUCUUUGGGAACAGGGUUCUAGGAGUUAGACCAGUGAAAAAGAAGAAAGGCUAGUAUGCUUCCGUGUCAGGAUGGUGUGCCUGCUACCGUUGUCUAUCCAUGUGAUACUGGAUAUCGAUUUGGAAGCUGCUGUCACGGAACGUGGGGAAUUUACUAAAGAAUAGAAUAGAAUAAAAUAGACCCAGCAGCGCAGUAACAGGCCCUUUGGCCCUUGAUGUUGUACCGAACUAAUUAAACUAAUAAUUAAAAGCCUACUAAACUAAUCCCUUCUGCCCACACAAUGUCCAUAUCCCUGAUGUGAUGAAAUGAUCUGCAUAGAUGGUAAAUUGGUUUAUUGUUACAUGUACCAAGGUACAGUGAAAAACUUGUCUUGCAUAUCAUUCAUAUGGAUCAAUUCAUCGCAGAAUGCAUCGAAGUGGUAAAAUGGAAAAUAACAGAGUGCAGAAUAAAGUGUCACAGUUACAGAGAAAGUGCAGUGCAAGCAGACAAUAAGGUGCAAGGUCAUAACGAGGUGGAUGUGAGGUCAAGAGUCCAUCUUAUGGAAAUAAUAGCAGAAUAGAAGCUGUCCUUGACCCUGGUGGUACGUGCUUUCAGGCUUUUUAAUCUUCUGCCCGAUGGGAGAAGAGAGAAUGUGCAGGGUGGGUGGGGUGUUUGAUUAUGCUGGCUGCUUUACUGAGGCAGCGAGAGGUAUAGUCCAUAGAGGGAAGGCUGGUUUUCGUGAUGCGCUGGGCUGUGUCCACAACUCUCUGCAGUUUCUUGCGGUCGCGGGCAGAGCAGUUGCCAUACCAAGCCAUGAUACAUACGGAUAGGAUGCUUUCUAUGGUGCAUCAAUACAAAUUGGUGAGGGUCAAAGGGGACAUGCCAAAUUUCUCUAGCCUCCUCAGGAAGUAGAGGCGCUGGUGGGCUUUCUUGGCCAUGGCAUCUACAUGGUAGGGCCAGUACAGGCUAUUGGUGAUGUUCACUCCUAGGGACUUGAAGCUCUCAACCCUCUUGACCUCAGCACCUUAGACAGGAGCAUGUGCGCCCCUCACCCGCCCACCCCCC